AUGACUCAGGUGCCUGCUGACUACCUGUCAACCACCAGCUCCUACAACUAUGAGCCACCCCUCCCCUCCGUGGCUCGGGCCAGCACCCUCACCAAGGUCCCUCCAGCCAAAAAAAUAACCUUCUUCAAGAGUGGAGACCCUCAGUUUGCAGGAGUCAAGAUGGCCAUCAACCAGCGGAGCUUCAAGAGCUUCAACGCGCUCAUGGACGACCUCUCCCAUCGGGUCCCGCUGCCCUUCGGGGUCCGGACCAUCACCACCCCACGAGGAAUACACUGCAUCAGUGAGCUGGACCAGCUGGAGGAUGGAGGGUGCUACCUGUGCUCCGACAAGAAGUACGUGAAGCCCAUCAGCAUCACCUCUGGGAGACACAGGCCGGCCCCGCCACGGAACAGCCGCCCCUCCAGCACCAUGAGGAGAGUGGCCCAGGAGGGCAAGCUGGAAGAUUAUUCCACACCUUUCACUCACCAUGGCCCUAGAAUACCCAAGAAAAUCACUCUGGUUAAGAAUGGGGAAAGUGGCUUUCGGCGUUCCAUCAUCCUGAACCGCAGAAAUGCCCGGAGUUUCAAGACGCUCCUGGAUGAGAUCACGGAGAUCCUGCAGUUCCCAGUGAAGAAGCUCUACACUAUUGAUGGGAAGAAGAUCGACAGCAUGCAGGCCCUGCUCCACUGCCCCAACGUGCUGGUGUGCGUCGGACGGGAGCCCUUCAAACCUGUAUCCAUGGAGAAUCUGAGGAAACACUCGGUGGAGAAGCUGCCCAACCUGCCUCCCCGCUCCAACAAUGGCAACAAUGUCAACGAGAACAAUGAAAAAAAGUCAUACCCCAACGGCCUCGCAGCCUCUCCAGACAACGGGGGUCCCUUCUCCAAUGGCUGCUCUCACUCAAAAGCUGGGGACCUGGUCCAGUCCCUGGUCAAUGAUGACAUCGAGAAGCGGGUCCAUGUGAACAAGGAUGGGAGCUUGUCCGUGGAGAUGAAGGUCCGCUUCCGCUUGCUCAAUGACGAGACUUUGCAGUGGUCCACCCAGAUCAAAAAGUCCAACCUGAUGAACCAGCUGCCUUGUGAAGAGUCAGGAGUGGAGGAGGACAGCGGAGCAGAUCCUCUACAGAAAAUGAACCCAGAAGCCAGCUCGGAGGCAGAUGAUUCCCUAUAUCCCUGUGAUAUCGAUUCCUACAUGUCCAGACUUGAGGAAUCAGAAUAUGACGAGGCCCACUGUCACAGCUGUGGAAAGAAACACCAGGACUAUGACAUUUGGAAGAACCCCAUGCACAUGUCCCAGAGGGAAGAGCCCAGCGUGCGAAGCACCUGGCACACGCGGUCGUCGUGCUCCAGCACAUCUUCCCGGAGGAGAGUAGUCCACAAAAAAAUGACAUCCGUGGAUAGCAUCCACACCACAUCCAGUGAGGAAUUCUCUGAGCACAUUGUGCGAGAGUCCUCAUCCUACUCAGAGACUAUAAAGAACAGGGUGGCGUAUAGAUCUGUUAAAAAGUGUGUGUGCCGAAGUGAUUUAUCCACCGGUGCUUCCAAUGGGGAAGAACAGCAGGAAUACACUCGGACAAGCACAGGAAACAGCCAGAGGCCUUCAUCCUUGGGCUUGAUGUCACAUUCAAGCUGUGAAAACAACCUGGAUACUCAAGACAGCCCUGAAGACCAGGAGAUCACCAAAAUCAUUUCACAAAAUGAGGAUGCAAAUUGUUUCGAAGCUUCCUCUGUGAAGUGCUUGAAGGAUGACCCAGAAGAGGUUGAAAGCAGCAGAGUUGGGAGUGUCAUGUCCCGGUCAUCCCUGCAGUCCAGGCAGAGCAAGAAGAACGUGUGUGAGGAAGUGAGCAGCGUGGGCAGGAGCAUGUCUUCGUCAAGCCUUCAGAAGGCAAACCAGGGAGACAACAGCCAGUGCUCCACCCCUGCCAACAGCGUGCACAGCAAGUCCAGUAACUGCACCACACCAAAAGAAAAGGCUGAGCAGGGUGACACCUCUGAUGACAACCCAGUGCUGUCCUCUUUCUCCAGUGAGUCCUGCCCCAAGAAAGAGGCUGAAGAGGUGGAAGCAGAGCAGGAAGAAAGUGAAGUCAAUGAAGUCAGCUCAGUGUCAGCAAAAACAAAGCCAAGCCAAUCCAUCAGGGGGAAGCCAAAGAGAAAAAAUAUACGUUCGACCAUGUUGAAGAAUUCCUCCAUCAGCAGCAUCGGCACCGAGUCCGUGCUGACCGCAGGAAGAGAGCAGAAAGAAAUUGUGGAUUCCUCCAAAGCAACUUCCUACGGCUCUAAAUCCGCUGCAACCGAAGGAAAUGGUCAGAAUAAUAAAGAGAUUGAUGAUACUUGCAACAAAAAAACAGAGGAAGAGGUAAAAGAUGCAGGUGUUCAGGAGGGAGGAGGUGAUUUAAUGCCAUCAGCUCUACCAAAUGCAUCUCCAGAAGAAGUUGUGAAAGAGUGGCUCAGGAAAAUCCCUUCGGAAACAUUGCUUAUGAAGUAUGAAAUGGAGGAUGAUGGAGAAGAGGAACAUGCAGAGUCGACCACUGAGGUAUCACACUGUACAAAUGCUGAGGAAGCCCCAGAGGAGGAAAAAGCUGAGGAAAAGAAUGAGGAGGAGGAGGAGGCUGAAAAGGAUGAAGCAAAGGUUGAAGACAAGGAUGAAGCAAAGGAUGAAGGGGAAGAAGAGAAAGAAGAAGACACAGCUGUUGUUGAAGAGGCUGAAGAAUGUGUGAACCAGGAAGAAAUCUCUGAGGUUGCACCUGAAGCUGCUGAAGCUGAGCAGGCAGAAUGCAACAAGUCAGUUACAUCCAGCCAAAAUAACAACAAGAGAGACCUGCCAACCUCUGUCCAGACAUCUGUCCAGAUCAUGAAGGCCUUGCUCAGUUCAAAGCACGAGACCAAAUUUGACCGAUCAAAUAGUUUGCCUGAAGUGUCCCCCACAAUGGGGAGGAAACUGAGUAACUCCGCCAACAUUUUGAUUACUUGUCUUGCCAGCCUCCAGCUCCUUGAUGAAGAGUCAGAGGAUCCAUCAGAAAACUCAAAACAUUUGAAUAAGUCAAGGUACACGGAGCUGCUGAAUAUUUUCCAAGCUCUGUGGUUUGGAUGCACAGCUGAAAGGAGCAGCCCAAGCUCAGGCCAAGAGGCAAGCAAGGUGGCAAAGCCAGUGUCUGGGUCUAAAGCCCCAAAAUCCAUGGACCACGCCUUCACUCCCAUGUCCUCCUCUGGGGUUGAUGUUUGCAGUUGCUCUGGUGGCUCAGGAGAAGAGUGCACAGCUGGUGCCGCGUUGGCGGCACAGAAAACCACGGAAUGCAAAUCAGCCGAGCAAAUGGAAAAUGAAGAGACUGGCACAGAACUGACUGAGGUCGAGGAGCAAAGUAAAGAGGAAGAGCAGCAAUCCCGCCCUUCCACAGCCUGCUCAGAGGCAAAAGGUGAGGAAAAGGCAGAGUCUGCUAGAGAGGAGUCUGUAAUCCAGGAGGAAGAAGAGAAUAAGGAGGAUCAGGGCAGUAACUGUGAGCAUGGUCAGGAGGAAGGGGGAGAAAAUGAAAAUGAAGAAGAAAACAAAUUAGCUGAAACUGGAGAACAAGAAGAAGCUGAAGCUGUGAAUGAUGAACUCCCACAAGAAAACCCUGAAGAAGAAGCUGACCAGCCAGAGACAACUGGUGAUGCCAAUGUUGGUGAUGCUGAUGUUGGGACGGAGCUGAAAGAGGAGUUGCAAGAGCAGCCCCAAGAAGAGUCUCCAAAUGACCCCGAGCCCACAGUCGAUACAUCCACCAGUGUGGGCACAUCCCUUGUCCAGCAAAACUCCGUGGAUCCAGACCCAACCUGGGUCCUGAGACUACUCAAGAAAAUUGAGAAGGAGUUCAUGGCUCACUAUGUCAAUGCCAUGAACGAGUUUAAAGUCAGGUGGAACCUGCAGGACAACCAGCAGAUGGAUGCAAUGAUACUGGAGCUGAAGGAGGAAGUGAGUAAAAGGAUACAAAAGAGCAUAGAGAAGGAGUUGAGGAAGAUCAAAAGCAGGGCUGGAAGGAGGAUGCCGAGACCUCCAGAGGGGCCACCCACACACGAGUCCAAAUUCCAAACCGAGCAGAGGAGAUGGAGACUGCAAACUAUGCAUAAAAAGUCCCUCUUUGGGGACAAGAAUGAUGCCCAGAUGAGGCUGGAGGAGACAUCAGACUUAUCAUUCGACGCAGAUAAUGACUUUAACCUCAGUGCAGCUUUGGAGGACAGCAUUAGCAAACAAUCCAGUGAAGAGGAAUACUGUCCAUGUGACUCCUGUGUGAGGAAAAAAAUGGCUUCCAGGCCUGCCAGAGCCCCUGUGGUGGCCACCAAUGCCCCAGUCAUGAAAGCCUUUGAUCUGCAGAAAAUCCUGAGGCUGAAGAAAGAUGGCAAUGAGGAAGCCAUCAUUGCAGAAACAGCCCAGGAUACCAAAACACUUCCCAACGGUUCUGUGGAAGAAGGGGCAGAAAAUGAGGAGAAGGAUGAGGAGCAACCUCAGGCAGGUGAAACAGAAGCAGAGGAAGAAGAAGGAAAAGAGCCAGAAUUAGAUGAAGAUGAUGGUGCAACAUUGAAUGGAGAUGGAGAAGAACCUGAAGUAGCAGAAAAGAAAGAGGAAGAAGAAAUGGCCAAGGCUGAAGAGGAGGAGGAAAUAAAAAAGGAGGAGGGUGAAACUAAAGAAGAAGAUGAGGAAGUAAAAGGAGAAGAAGCAGAGGAAAGUAAGGAGGAAGAGGAACAAAAUCAGGAGGAAGAGAAGGAAGAAGAAGUAGAGGGUGUGAAUGAGGAGGAAGAAACAAAGGAGGAGGAAGGGAAGGAGGAAGAUGAAGAAGGAAAGGAAGAAGAAGAAACAAAAGAGGAGGAGGAAGGAAAGGAAGAAGAUGAAGAAGCCAAAGAGGAUGGGGAAGAAGCAAAAGAGGAAGAGGAGGAUGAGGAAGCAGAAGAAGAAGCAGCUCAAAAUGAAGAACAAGAAGCUGGAGAAAAGUCAGAAGGUGAAAAUGAAGCUGAAGAAACAGAGGAGCCAGAGGAUGAGGAAGUUGUGGCUGAUGAUGAGGCAGAGACAUCAGAAUGCAGAGAAGAUGCUGAGGGCUCUGGAACUGACAACAAUCCUGAAGGAGAUGCUGUGGAAGAAAAUGAAGAAGCUGAGCAAGAUGAAGCUGAGGCAGAAGAAGAUGCAAAACCAGAGUCAGGGGAUGAGGCUGAGGAGAAAAGCAGUGAAAGAGGUGAGAAUCCUGAUGAGGAACCCACCUGUGAUGACCCCGACAAUGCACACAAAAAACACGAAGACCAAGGCAACAACAAAGUUCCUGAGAAAGCCUCAAAGACCAAAGGCAAGAGAACCAACAAAAGGUUAGAGACUCUGAAAAAAUCCACAGCCUUUUCUUGUUAUUCCUCUGUUGGAAACUUCUCACAACAAUCCCAGAAGGGGUCUGAUGAUGAAGAGGAAAGAAUAGAUGAAGAGGAAGGAGCAGUUGAGGAGGAAGGAAUAGCUGAAGAGGAAGUAGUUGAAGAGGAAUGCAAAGGUGAUGAAAACCCCACUAGUGACCACCCAAAUGGAGAGAUUCGAAGUGAUGAGAGCUCCAAACCCUCUCAGAUGUAUCCUGACAGUGAGGAAGAAGAGGACAAAGAAUCUUCAGGUUCUGAUCCUGUGGGAUUUGAGGAGCAGCCAGAUGCUGAAGGUGCAGAUCCAAAGGAGACUGAAAACACUGAGGAAGUUCAGGCUACUAAAAAGAAAGAAAACUCUGAUGAAAUUGACCAGGAUGACCUGGACUUCUAG